AUCCCCCUCUCGUCCCCUUCCUCCCUCGACCGUCGCCGGCCGCCGCUCCUCAUACUUGACCCGCCGCAUGCCGCCGUAUCUCCCGGCCGCAUGGGGCCACUCUGUCCACCGCCCGUCCCCUCUUACUCUUCGACCCCGCCCACACGCGCGUGAUCUCUCUGGCGACGGCAUCCCUUCAACCUUCCGGCGCAUCAGGUCGUUGCGGAUGCGGGCGGCGCCGGCCGCUGAGCAGCGUGACCCUUCAGGUAAAGGCGAGUUGUAGCUGCACUGGAAAAGGUAGUAACGGAGUGGAGCUCAUCGGUGGGGUAGCCGUUCACGGCGGUGGCGGUGGCGGCGGGGGUUUGAGCAUUUUAGGUGAGAUCGCGGACAGGGAUGCGCGUCGCGGGGAACAUUUGAGACGCCGGCAGGGGAGGCAGCGCCAGCAGCCAGCCGGAGGAGCAACGGCGGCCUAUCUGGUAAAAACGACCCAGUCAAUUCCUGAAGAUAGAUGCCGAUGUCACUUGCUGAGUAGGAACCCUACUUGGUCAAAGCAAUCAGGGGGUAAUUAAGGACAAGCCCAACUUGCUCUACUACACCCCACACUAAUCUCGCUGGAGGAUAACGACGCUCUAGCUACCAUUAAAGCGUUGACGCUGCAGCCUGGGGUCGUCGUCGCCUUCCUCUAAGCUCGGGAUCCAGAGCACCGUGGUGAUCCAGAUCUCACCGAUCUCUGCUGUCUGCUCGCCGGCCCGGGGCGGGUGGGUUCUACAGGACUACUUGGUUCAUUAUACUUCGUUGCCGUUGGUACUGCACCGUGGUGUUAAUUACAAAUGGAUACCGAAAUUAUUAUCAGACACAAAGAUGACCUGGAACGCAUGCUGCUUGAUGGAAAUGCAGAGCCAACGUACCUGCCGUUAUCACUUUUAGAAGAUAUCACAAACUGUUUCUCCGAUGCUCAGCAAAUAGGCAGUGGUGGGUUCGAGGUGGUUUAUUACCUUGAUAAGUAUAUUACCGGUGGUUGGCACUUGGAUGAAUCGGUUGGAGGGAUCACAUGGAUGGGAGACACAGAUGGAGCAAGUAAAAGUAUGCAUUAAGAUAGGGGUACAGUGCAUGGAGUCGGACCGAAAGAAGAGGCCUGUUGCACGUCAUAUAAUUGACAGGCUUGAUGACACAGCAAAUACCGUCGAAGCUGGUAUCAAUAGUUCAUCAGUUGACGACCAGGUUGGUUUUCUAAAGGAACAAUAUUGUGAAGAGAAAAUUGCAGAUCUUUCAUCUGAGUACAUGGGAAAGGGUAUCAGGGAAUCCUCAGAAGAACUCGCGGAACAUGUUGGGACACUAAGAGAAGAACAUUGGCAGCAAGAACAAGAAGAUGCUCCAGUUGAUCUAUGGUCAUCAUGCUGGGAACAGCAAUAUACGGAGCAACAAGGUGCAAGCAUUUCUAGCUCUAACUCUGGUGUGUUUCAUAAGUUGAAGAAUCUGGACAUCUUCGGCAGAAAAGCACCCAGGGAUCUUUACUCGAGGAAGGGUGGGCCUAGAUUGGACUUUCCAAAUUUGAGAAAGUUCAAACAGGGUGAGCUUGAGCCAAUUUUGAAGUAUGAGAAUCUUAUUAUAAAAGAUGUCUUUGGAGAAGUUUACAGAGGCCUUGUCUGCAAUGUACCAAUAACAGUUAGGAAGCUGAUUAGUGAAACUGAAUGUUUAGAUGAAAUCGUAAUCCAGUCUCAAGUCAUUCACAAAAACAUAGUUAGGCUCAGAGGCUGUUGCCUUGAAUUUGACAACCACAUGCUAGUCUAUGACUUCCUCUCCACGGAUAGCCUGCAUGACAUUCUUCACAUCAACGUCGAGGUGCCUCUCAACCUUGGCGUGCGAUUAAGUAUUGCUGCAGCAUCAGCAGGUGCGCUAGCUUAUGCGCAUUCAAAGGCGAGUAUCAAACUUCUCCAUGGUGAUCUUAAACCAGCAAAUAUACUCUUCAAUGGCAACUUUGUGCCAAAGAUCUUUGGCUUUGGCGUGUCAAGGAUGGCUGGCAGCCAAAUCAUUCCUGACAUAUCUUAUAUGGAUCCGGUAUACCUAGAAACAGGCCGGCUAACUAAAAAAAGUGAUGUCUACAGUUUUGGACUUAUCAUCUUGGAGCUUCUUACAAGGAAGAAGGCAACAAAUCCUGACAAUAACAGCUUAGUAAGGAAUUUCCUUGAGAAUCACAAGCAUGGGAGGAAAUCAACCGAAUUUUUUGACAAGGAAACUGCAGUGACAGGAGAUUUGGCGCUCCUUGACAAUCUGGCAGAUAUUGCUGGGGAGUGUCUUAUCCUUGAUGUGGACCUAAGACCGGGAAUGAAAGAGGUUGAACGGCGCAUUGUGCUGAUUCAAUCCCGUAAGUUGUGAGUGGACAAGUCGAUGCAUUUACAUGUAGAGUUUGAACAUAUAUGUUGUGUCGAAUAAGCUAACCUGGUCUGGAACUGUGGCUUCCAUUUUAUUCGUACCAUCCUUAUGAUUUUAGUUAUUAAUUCUUGCACUGUGUACUGUUGAGUGUUGACUUUGUUCAUAGGGGGUUCAUCAAUGCUGAUGUAGUUCACAUCAGGGGCUGCUUCAAA